GUUCCAUACUUUGACAAACAAAGAAAGGUGCUUUCUAACUUCGAUUUUGCAACCUGCAGAAAGAAACAAGGAAAGGCCAAAUAUAUAUAUAUUUUUAGAGAAAAAGGAGGAAGAAAAAAUGGGAAAAUCAAUAAUUAUCUUUAUUGCUAGUGCUAUUUGCUUGUUCUCCCUAUUAGGGAUUACUCAAGCCAAUGAAGAAUCUGAUAAGUAUCAAUUUAUUCUAGAAGGAAUAGUGUAUUGUGAUCCUUGUCGUUCAAUAUUCAAAACCAAUCUUAGUGAGCCAGUUGUAGAUGCGAGGGUGGGGAUGCAAUGCCGACACCCUGAAACUGAACGAGUCACAAUAACCGUGACAGCCUCGACUAACUCCACUGGAUAUUACCACAUGUUGAUUGAAGGUGAUCACGAGAACGAAAUCUGCGAGACAUAUUUGAUAAAAAGUCCAAAAGAAGAUUGCAGUGAGAUCCCAACUGAAGGACAUACCAGGGAAUUAUCAAGAGUUACACUGACUAGCAAAAAUGGCAUUGCUGGAAAGAAUCGUGAAUCCAACCCACUCUUUUUCUUGACCAAAAAAGUAGCACCAGAAUGUCAACAAGAAUUCAAGGAAAUGGAAUAUCUCCCUGAACUUAAAGAUAUUAACCAGGCCUAAACGAUUUUAAAUUGAAUUACAAUAACAUUAAGAGUCUAUUUGGAUCGACUUUUGACUUCAUAGCUAAAAUCUCUAACUGAUGACUUUUAGCUUAUUUUUAUCAUAUAGUUUACAGUCAAAUUUUAAUAAACUCUAAAAAAAUAAUUAAAAUAAGUCAAUUCAAACAGAUUCUAAAUAUUGUCUUACAUUUAAUUUAUUUGUUCUGUCAUUAAUUUUGCAUCUAUAUAUAUACAAACUUUAAUUAA